ACUUCCUUUUCUACCCAUGAAUUCUUCCCCAUCUUCACAGCAGACAGAAGACCGGUGUCAGUGUCAGGCAAGCAUGAAGUCGGUUGCUGUAACUUUCUGUGUCCUCUGCUUUCAGUUUGGAGCCCUGUACGGAGUUGACAGCUGCUCGCCAAGACCAUGCAAAAAUAUAGAGCAGCCUCAUGUCUCUGACUCCCAGGUGAUGGUGGAAUUUGAAAAUGGAAACUUCAAGUUCACAUUCCCCAAUCCCAAAAAUGUGAGCGAGUUCAGCAUGACCCUCUUCAAAGGGCACGAAAAGAAGGAGAUCUGUGCACUCCAUUUAAGCAAGGAGAACACUAUCCACAAGACUAACGUCACCUACUGCCAGACUAAGCAUACCAACAGCAGCACCACUUUCAUUCUUAAAAAUCUGGAAAGAAAGCAUAUCGACCUUUAUACCUACUGCCUGGAGAUGUUCUUACCCCCUCCUUAUAGAGAUUGCCGGCUGAAAGAAACCUAUUUGUACAUCCAAGAUAAGGCAGACUGCAUUUCCCUGGGACACAUGUCAUGGGUCAUUGUUGGCCUGAUCACGUUUGCCAUGAUUUCCUGUAUCUGCUGCGUUGUAGCCUGUUGCUUAAGGAACAAGAAUCGCCAGUGUGAAUCCAAAUCCCCUGAGUACAACAGUGAAUACAUGCCCAUGGCGGCAGUGAACGAAGCCAAGAAAACAAGAAUCUGAGGUGUACAUUGCUUGUGGCAUGGAAAUUCUGGCAGCAGAGGUUUCCAGCUACUUGAAUCUGGACAAUGGGAAAUGGGCAUCUCCUCAGCUUUCCCAGCCUCCCUGAGCUCUCGUGACGGGCCUGUGCUGGGUCCUGAGACACCCACCGCCGUCCUGUUGUGAGCUGCCUUUUGCUCUAGCCUUGUGUGUUCAGUGGCACGCUGCCCAAUCCUCUGACUGACUUGUACUAUGUGUUAAAGACGUCAGCUUUUAGUUGAAGAAAAUGUAGUGAGUUUGCUUGAGAGUAGAUCCCCGUAGUGCAGCUACAGAGAGAACUUUUAUUUUCCACAGUCUCCUUUAUGAUAAACUUUCCACUGGUGACAAACAGAAAUGACUACCUCCAAUGGCAAUCCUUGUGGCACAGCCAUGAAGCACUGUUGAUGUAUUGCACAUGCCCUUUUGUUAGGGCUAGUUUAGCCCUAGAUUCACUGUCAGACUUCCUAGCUCCACACUGGGAGAGUGACACAGGAUCGCAUCGCGUUUCUUGUAUUUGUUCAAACGUCCUAUUCAUGUGUCUUGCAGCACAAAUACAACGUGGUCCAUAAGGCCAGUGCAUUCACGGACUCGGCAUUGCGAUUUUCUUCCUCUUGCGGUUUGAUAUGAAACCUUUACCACUUCCCCAGUGGGUUCAGGGGUUACUUAACCUGCCUCAAAUUACUCUGAGCCUUCAAUAUAAAUGAAAAUGAUCAAUCUUGUGAAAUCCAGCAAAACUGACCAUAAACGACCAAGUGGGACUCCAGGCUGGGUAUAUUGCCAGACACCAUUUGGCUGCUGGAAGCAGAGUGGUGCGUUGAUUCUGAGGCUCUCUGUAAUCUAUUGAAAAGCCAAAUACCCAUCAGAGGACACUAUUGUGAAAGAUACACAGCCUGCUUGUCUGGCAAACACAAGGCUGGUUUCAAAUCUGAGAGGGCAAACAGGGACUGUCAGGCACAAAGGGGACAUAAGCUGGUGUGUCAAGAACAGGGUUUUCCUCAGCAAACACCUUAAUUCAUAAGAGUAUUGCAGAGAGAAGGUGCAAAUUGUUAAAAAUGACAUUAAGCAAAGGGGAAAUGAGUAAAGCACCGAAUGAAGAGGGGACUGCCAGUUUCACAGCGGGUACCCUGCUUAGAUAACCAGCCUCUGGGCAUGUCAGGGAACAUUACAUUAUUUCUUGUCGUUCUGUCACAUAACUUUUGCCAAAUUACUUGACCUCCCAGCAAACAAAACCCUCCUCUGCACACCCACAAAUACACUGAUUUCACCAUUUUAAAAAGUAUUGGUGUAAUAAUUGCCUUUGAAAAUCAUUGCUUUUGAAAAUAAUUGGUGAAGAUAGCUGCCCUCUCCUGCCUGUGAGAAAUGCUUAAGGAUCCCAUGUAAGAGCAUAGAAUCCUAUCCCCUGGAACCUUUCACCAGACUGAGAAGGAAAUCCAAGGAAUAAAGAGUUUCUGAAAGAAGGAAAAACUUGAAGUUUGCCUUGAGAUGGUGCUGGAUAAAGGACAAAUGAUGAAAGUCUGUACAAGGUAGUUCAAAAUACAUACGUUCUACUCUGGAGAGAGAAAUGAUUUCUACUCAUUGUAACAAUGCUCUUGGAAGUCUCAAGUUCCAUCACUGCUUUCUUUUUGGGAAAAGAUUUUUAUUUUAAUAAAACAUUUUUUUGUUAUUAUUAUU